AUGGCGCCGCCCACUGAGAAAGAGAAGAUGCUCCGCGGCGAGCUCUACCAUGCAUUUACACCGGAUCUGAUUGCUGCACGCACUAGAUGCUCUCGUGCAUACAAGCGCUACAACAAUGCCGGUGACAUCUCGCGUCGACGACAGGUCGAACUCUGGCGAGACAUUGUCCAAGACGAACGGCCCAUGCCCCCGCCACUCGAAGAUCCUGCUGCUGACGAAGCUCUUUUUCAAAAUGAGCCGUGGGUAGAGGCGCCGAUUCAUAUGGACUACGGCUUCAACGUCAAAGUCGGCGACGGCGCGUAUAUCAACGUCAACUGUGUCAUUAUCGACACCUGUCUUGUCACCAUUGGGGCUCGCACACUCUUCGGCCCGAAUGUCCACCUCUACAGUGGCACACAUCCUCUGGACCCUGCUCUCCGUAAUGGCACCAAGGGACCCGAGACGGGCAAGGAGAUCCAUAUCGGCGAGGAUUGCUGGCUUGGAGGUCACGUCACUGUUCUCCCUGGUGUAACGAUCGGUAGAGGAUGUACCAUUGGAGCCGGCAGCGUAGUGACCAAGGAUGUGCCCGCGUUCCAUGUUGCUGCCGGAAACCCAGCUCGCAUCAUUCGGAAGAUUGAGACCAGCAUGGCCGAGGAGGCCACAACGGACCUGCUUUCUGUUCACUCCAUAUCCUCGUCGAACCUCGCUUGGAGCUUUCUUGGCCAGCCAGCGUGCGCACCUGCAGCUCCCGCGGCUAACUCAAAUCUUGGCAAGGCAGCUGCAGCUGUACAGCCUGCUUACAUUUUGUCUACGUUCCAACCAUCGCAGCGCCGACACUCCUCCUUCACAGUCAGCCGAAAUACCACAGCAGCUUCGUCCUGCUCAGUCGGUCCAUCGCCAAUACUCACAUUCCCACAUUACCAUAGGAAACGGGGGGAAAAUGUCAUGGCAGGUACCCCGCUAGGCAGCUCCAGCACCAGCACCCCGCCUGGUGCUCUAUCACCAGAAGAUCCCUUGCGAGUUCACAACGAUCGAAUGGAAGAUAUCCCCUCUCAGGCUACAAGGAAGCGUCCUCGUCUAGAUAGUGGAGCGGAUUCGCGCGAAUCAAUGUCUACUGGAGAACUGUCUACCCGUAAUUCCGCGUCCCCAAAGACGCCGAACGACGAGGAGCUUUUGUCUUCUCCGCGCCCCUCAAAUCGAGUUACAAUCAAUAUGAAAUCUCCCUCGCAGUCUGGCGCUGCGGUGCAAGAUGACUCGUCCGCCCCCGAGCUCCCAGGCAACGAAGAUGCUAUCGAGUUGGACAUGGCGGAUACCCCGAUUCAGCAGUCGGAAGACACUACUAUGGCUGGGGCACAGUCUUCUACUGCCAUCUCAAUUACUUCUUCUUCUUCCCGCAGCCCGGAGAUAGAAGUGGCUGAAGUGGAGGAUAUGGAUCAGGAUCCAAACACAUCUCGAUGGCGUCCGUUGGGCGAGGCUGUUGUCCAGGAUCAGGAUCCAGCGGGAGUAGUUCAAGUGCAUGAACAAUACUCGCUGGCAGAUCAGUUUCCAAGAUUGCGCGGAAUCCCAGAGCUUAGAGAGUCCCUGGAAGAAACGGUCAAUAUUAUAGAAAAAGGCCACCCACACGAGAUUAUGAUUUUUAGAGCCGUUAAGCAAUGGUUCACUCUCUGUAUCGACAACUUGCCACAGGUCUCAUUGGAAACAAUUCGAGAUGAUCGCGAGUUUUGGGAGGAUCUGCCGACCAUUAUAGAAGGAUUACUCCGCAGGGGAACUGCUUUCCAGCCGAACCAAGGCCAGGGCACACUCGUGUACCUGGAAGAAUUCUUUGUGGAUUUCGCGCACCUUGCGCUCCACUUGCUUCGUCUCGACAUUGACUAUCUCACCCUAGUCUCUCAGAGUGAAUCCAUGCAGCCAUCAGAGUGUAUAAGCCGGUCCUAUAUGCAGUGUCUCGCUUGGACUCUUCAGAUUUCGAGCAUUCCAUUUUUCAGAGCACUAGUGCGGCUCUUUCCGGUAAAAGCAGUCAACCUCGUCGCGCAAAUCAGCGAUCACAUCUCAGAAGCACCCUUAAACGCCUUAUCACAUCUUUCAGAGUAUACAUUACUCGUUCUCCCUCUUCUUCCACGAUUCCCACAGUUGGCACAAUUUCUGAUACCGGCACUCGGAGUUGCAUCUAAUUUGGUGGAUUCUCGUAAUGAGAGACGGAAGUUUGGCGCUGACGAAAAGUUCCUCGACACACCCGUACUAAUUCAGACUAUCAAAGACUCCUACCCCCUUUUCCGCAAGGUGGACAGAAUAUAUCAGGAUGCUGUUACCAAGAAGGCACCCUGGGUCACUGCUGAUAUAAGUGAGCAUUUAUCGCGCCAUAUACAUGUCGCUUACCAUGUCUACUGUGAAUACGAUACUGUCUUUGCUUCCGAAAUCGCCGAGGAGCUUUCGCUUGAGGUGCCCGAAGUCACCAAUGAGGAUUAUGCAUCAAUUGUUGUUCAAGCCUGGAAGUUCAACUCUUUGAAACGGCAUAUCAUGGAGGGGCGUAUGGAGCUACGAGUCUGGGGAGUCGAAGUCAUGCAGGCAGAUCUUGUUGGAAUCUGGCGACAAAAAAUCCAAAAUAAUUCGGAAGGCAUUGAUUCUCCACUUGUGCAGUACCUCCUGAAGUUUUUGCGCGACAUACGCAUCGUCGAUUAUAUCGUCGGUGUGGGCUCACAUCCUCAAUUGAUUAGCCGUGGUGGCAAUAUCGUGGGAUUCUUCGUUGUGACUAGCACCUAUACCAAUGCCGACACCGAUACUAUCUGGAAAGCUGUCACAGGCAGCCAAGAUCAAAGAACUGUUGGUGAAGUCCUUACAAUGCUAGGUCGUACAGUCACGAUGCAUUCAUCCACGUCCAAUGAACUAUUAUAUCUUUCCUCCAAACUCCUCGACCUUCCUAUUAACCGCUUCGAUCAACGGAUGAUAGAGUUCUGUGAUCUGCUCUUCAGGGCCAUGCGAGACAAAUUUGAAGAGCGCCAGCUCAAUGACCCUCUAGAUUCCACACAUCUCGAUUCAACUCCACUACGCAUUUGUGUACGCCUAAUACGAGAGUCUAAUUCAUGUCCUACCCUAAACGAUGAACAAAAAGUUACCCUUCAAAGAUUUGCGGGUAGUCAACUACAACAGCUUUUAAAUCUAGGCAUGAGUGAACCGGACAAGCGAGAUGUCUAUGAACGGUGUAUCCAAGAUAUUGGGGAAAAGAACGAAUUUGCAUCUGGCAGCAUUCAAGCCCUGAAUGCUUUAAUCGCAGCAAGUUUUGACUCUCAAGAGAUCCGGGCCCUGGCUACGGAUUACGGACUAACCGGUCUAGUCAUCAUGGAGUUCGAACAUUUUUGGGGUGGCAUUUUCGAGUUUACAGACCGGUUCUCACAAAAUGCUCUUUUGUCUCGUGUCCACUUCCUCGGACGCAUUAUCGACAAAGUCCCGGACACUAUUACACCGGACCUCGGUGAUAUACUUUGGUCGAAGAUCUUCAUGACAGGAAAUAUUGAGCCAGCGAGAAGCACUUUGUGGGACAUGCUGUGCCGGGUUACGAAGCACUGUGUGACACCAAAUCCAUUUAUUGAGAGAUGUCUUCAUCAUUACCUACCGAGCCUGUCGCCAGAGAAAUAUACUGUGGAAAUCAUUUUAUUCGCUGAGCACGCUUUUCACUACGAGAUCCGGUUCAGUCCUCCACCAGUUGCCGAUGAGAAUCAAAUUAUUACAUUGCCUGGCAUGGAGCGAAUUUGGCAUUUCAUUCUCACUGCGCCUCCUAAUACCAUCGAGGCGAGGGCUACAAACUUUGCAAUUGAUGUUUAUUUAGACCAUACAUUGAUACGCCGGGCCCCUGUUUCUGCUGCUGAAGCCACACAUAUUUCCUUGGUAGAUCGUUGUGUGGAACAAAUCAAGUCUGCCGCGUCAAGGUUGAAGAACUCAGAUGGCAUUGCGAACUCGGAAGAUGAUGCCAUGGUUACUGUGGCGAACGAGCAUGAUAUCACCUCUGCAGGAUUACAAUUGAGCCGGUCUUUAUUGUUCCUACAGCAGCUUUUACAAGGUCUUCGCAGUCGCCCUCAAUACAGUCCGCCCCAAAGCCAAGCACCCGAACUUCCAGAACGCGUUGGCAGAGGAGAACAAAUUGACAUCUCGUAUCAAAGUUUCAAUGAGUCCAAUCAGUCUAAGAUUCGUACCUUACGUAUAGACGCUCUCUGUACAGCGGCUGAAUUGGCUGAUCGUUUGACACGUGUGACUGGAUUCAGCAAGUUCAGUGUCAUAUAUGCGGGACAAAAGAUCAAUCUCCUAGAGAAUCCGGACACCACAGUACAAGAUCUCAACAUUAAAGCACUUUUAAUUAUUAGAAGGAUCCCUGAUGGCACGGAUACGGUGGCUGUUGGCAGGCGUCAAUCACUUACUCUAGUUGAUUCCGAGAUACUAAAGCAUUUCGACGACCUUUAUGACCUCCUCGACCUUGAUGACAAAUAUGCUCACGAAAUUUAUGAUUUUCUAAUAGUUUUCCCGCCUCAGGAGCGCGUGAAGGAGUUGGUGAAAGCAGAAACCAACACGGAGAAUAAUCUCUUUCCUAUGGAGAAGCCUUAUAAGCUGUUAUACUCCGUCAAGGCUCUUUCUACCUGUUUGCGGGAGGAAUUGCUCGAGUAUCAGUCCGAACACCAUUCCACCUUUCUUGCUCACAGUGCCCAAGUUCUGGUGGGCGCUUUGAUCCGUCCUGAAAUGUCAGUGGUAUCAAACGAUUGCAUGAACCUCGUCUUCGCACGUCAUCUGCUUGAGUGCCUUUUGCUGUGUCUCUCUGUUAAAACGACAGAAUCAUGCGCUCUUCCCAAUCCUGAAGCUCUAGUAAAAGAGCUCUCGUACUUUAUAAAAGCGGCUCAGAAUGCAAAUCCGUCAAGUUUCAGCGAGUCUGAUAUUCAGAAGCUCAUUUCUCAUUCGAUAUCGGUUCUUUUCGAUGCCUCCGUAUAUCAACAGGGGUUCUGGGAAGUCACCAAGGAACAUGCUCAUUUUGACCAACUUAUAUUUUCGUUACUUCUAGAGGAGAAGCGCCACCCGAUUCGACGUCAAGUUGCAGAAAAGGUCAAGGCCAUUUGCGGUCCCUCCGCAAAAACCGCUCACGCAGAGUCGGGCAACACGGAUGAGUCAACUGAGUCGAACAAUUCGCCAGUUGCAGAUAUCAUUUCUACAAUAUGGGAUGCUUUCCUGAACAAUAUGCAGAAUACAGUGCAAUUUGCAGAGCAAUCUGAGGAAUAUUUUUCCGCUGCUCUUGCAGUUUUCCGAUCAGUAGCUGAAAGAUCACCCCAAGAUGUGGAGUUUACACAAUACGUCUCUCAAUGGAGUGAGACUAUGCUCAGUCAUGUGACUAAAGAAUUCGUUGGCCGGGAACUUGUAGAUCAUAUUAUAUGGGGAUUCGCGCGUCUCUUGCGUUUGUGUCUGGAAGUGGCUGGAAGAAGGAAUAUAACGAUCGAUGCCACUGGUCUUAUUGACAGUCUAGUGAACAACUAUCUAUUUCCUGAUCUGUCAGAACCGUCAGAUACCGAGGUCAUCGUCCCUCAAAUUCCCGUGAUGCAUCAGGAAACAAGACAAGAAUUGUACAAUAUUCUUAGCUUGUUGUGCAACAACGAAAUCAAUUUUGCUAGGAUUGUCGAUCUGAUGUCUGAUCUCAUUCCUUAUGGAUUUUAUCUAGAUUAUACAUACACUACAACAUGGCCUGCCGACAGACAAAAAGCAAUCAGAUCCCCCGAAGGCUAUGCAGGACUAAAAAACCUGUCAAACACGUGUUACUUGAACUCUCUCUUCACUCAGCUUUUCAUGAACGUUGGCUUCCGUGACUUCAUACUCAAAGUCUCUUUAACCGAACCAGAUUCCACUCAGAAGCUUCUAUCAGAGACGAAGAAGAUCUUUGCCUACAUGCAAGAGACGUGGUGCAAGUAUGUUGAUCCGGAAGGAGCUGUGGGUUCCAUUCGGACAUAUGAUAAUGAACCGAUCGAUGUCACGAUUCAAAUGGAUGUGGAUGAGUUUUACAACUUGCUCUUUGAUCGUUGGGAAGCUCAGAUCACCGACCCAGAAGACAAAAAGCGCUUUCGAUCUUUUUACGGCGGGCAGCUAGUUCAGCAGAUCAAAUCGAAAGAAUGUGAACAUAUCUCAGAGAGACUUGAGCCUUUCUCGGCAAUUCAAUGCGACAUUAAGGGUAAGGCAAAUUUGGAAGAAAGCCUCCAGGCUUAUGUGGAGGGAGAGGUUAUGCAAGGAGACAACAAGUACUCGUGUACUUCAUGCGGGCGUCAUGUAGACGCGGUGAAACGGGCAUGCUUGAAGGAAAUUCCGGACAAUCUGAUCUUUCACCUAAAGCGUUUUGAUUUCGACAUGCUCACCAUGAUGCGAAGCAAGAUCAACGAUGAGUUCCAAUUCCCGGAGCGCAUCGACAUGACCCCGUACAAGGUAGAAUAUCUGUCCGACUCGGACGUCCAACUUGAACAGGAUAUUUUCGAAUUAGUCGGCGUCCUUGUUCACAGUGGUACUGCCGAGUCAGGCCACUACUACAGCUACAUCCGCGAGCGCCCCGCAAGCAGCUCAACAACAUCGUGGGUUGAAUUCAAUGAUUCAGAUGUCACUUCUUUUGAGCCAUCGAAAAUCGCAGAACAAUGCUUUGGCGGAGUUAAUGAUGCUUUCCAUACAUCUUCCAUGGCACAAGCACGUUUUGGAAAAGUAUGGAAUGCUUAUAUGCUCUUCUACCAGCGUGUUGAGAGCAUGGAAUCCGAGUCGGAAUUGUACAAACCCACGGCAAAGGAAUCCCCUGUUCACGUGCAGCUACCGAUCGAACUUGGAAACCACAUUUCCAUGGAGAACGAACUUUUCGUACGCACGUAUUGUCUUCUCGACCCGUUUCAUUCAUCUUUCAGCCGCUAUCUUCUGGCUUUAUCAAGGGACUUUGUUCUACAGGGCACAGUCGGGGCUUCGAAGCUACAAAAAACAACCGUCUAUAUCGGCAUGGACACCCUGGAUCAACUAAUUUCGAGGACCAGGGAAUUGUCAGAGCUCGACCGCCUUUUGGUUGAAUUAAACAGGGCAAUUCAAGACACGCCCAAGGGGGCAUUGAGAAUUAUCGAAUGGACCCAUGAUCGAGAGACAGGACUGCGCAACUUGAUAUUGAAAGCUCCGCAGUCAGUACGUAAUACGUCGGUGAAGGUAUUCCUUAUGGCUCUUGCCAAGGUCCAGGAGUCUUCAAGAGACGAGACUCUGGAUGCAUCACAGCGAGCAAAAUGGGAAUCGAGAUACACAGAAUGUUGGAAGCACAUUGUGACAGCGCUGAACAAUCUGUGGCCUAUUCUUCAUACGGCCAGUCGUUCUUGGGAUGAUUACUUUGAAUUUGUGACCCUCUUAACGGCAUUUCAAUCUCCAAAAAUCGAUAUUUUGCUCGACCACGGCUUCCUUCUCAAGUGCCUUGAAAUGGUUUGGUUGGACAGGGACGACCAUAGGAAUUUGAAGUUGCAAUACCCCAACUAUUUCCGGCUUCUAGAACGUGGUCGCAAAUUCUCUUAUCGCAAGUUGAUGGAUUUACUUGCGCACUUGUUAAAAUACAUCGACCUGACAUUGCCGCCUACUCCGGAUGAUGAGCCUCGCCUCACUGCAGAUGGACGAUAUUCUUUAACCAUGACCGAAAGCUCUUUCAUAUUCGAUAUAGUGAAAACCACCAAGGGAGAACAUGUUUUUGUGGGAAAGCUUCUCCAAUACCAAGUGAACGCAGCGGCAAUUCGAUCAGUUAUCGGUCUCUUGCUUGAUGCAGAACCUCAAGUUGGGCUGUCCCCACAUAUAAUCAAAGUCCUAGAAGAUGGGCUCCGGAUGUCACCUGCACAACUCUGCGCGCCUUACCUCGAAGCAGCCUUGGUGUUCUGUUCCCAUAGCCCUAACGAACAACAGGUGAUUGAUAUCAUUGAUUACAUUGCUAAAGGGGUGGAGUCGAUCGACAGUAGCGGGGGCAGAGAGCAUAUCGCCUUCUUCACAAAUAUUCUUUCCUGUCAAAACGAACGCAUUGGAAGGGAUGAAUCUUGGUUCAAUGAGAAGGUUGUUGAACGCAUCCCUGAUUGGGCGCCAACGUUUCUUAUUUAUCUAGACAAAGCAGUCAAAGCUCUGGCAUUUGAUGUCUUGCGUGAAAUUCUUUUCAGCCAAGACCAGAACGACCUAGAAGAGGAAUACCGUUCGUUCUAUAGCAAGGUUGCCAGAGAACUUGCUCAGGCAUGCGUGGAGCUUUUGAGAAAGACAUAUCUCACCAAUCAGGGCCAACCUGUCGAGAGCAAGGUUGUGGAUAAUAUAGUUCUCGUUAUUACGCAUUGCUUGCGGGAGUACUAUGAUGAAAGCGAUGCCGAAGAUGCAGAUUUCAUGCAGCAAACUGAAGCCGUUCUCAGUGCUAUUGAACAGUUAACGCUUGACGUGCCCGAGGAAAUGGCAUCUGCGUCUGAUUUUGCUUCUCCAGAAGAUUGGGAAGACCAGUCUGUUAUGGGGAGUGACUCUGAGCUUGGCAUGGCAACACCAUAG